AUGGCGAACGUAUUUGGUUCGGCAUGGCGUUCCUUCUGGCACACCAUGACCUCGUAUGACCGGCAUGCCUCCCACGACUCCCCCUACCGCACCGGCCGCCACGUCCCGCUCAGCCAGAGCCGCCAUGAACCACUCACCUCUAUUGCAACCAGCGCGAUCGAAUCUCGCCCUGACCUCUCCAGUCCGUACGAUGAUGACCCGAAAGCAUCGGCAAGUGCCCACGCUACCGAAUGGACUGGCUCUCCCAACGACACGGGCUCCCCCAAUCGUCCCUACUCGCCGGGGAUGCGAUCGGUCGCAUCCCAAAAAAGACGAUCAAAUGACCAAGGCGAAGGCCCAGAAAUCCAGAUGCAGAGCUUUCAUGACGGGGCGCCGCCGCCCCGCCGGUCGUUCACUCGAUGCACCCAGAAUGAUAUCAAUGAAUUGGAGCAUGAGUUGGACUGUAGUUUGCCCUUGGAGGUGCGGGAAUCGUUGAUGGUUCACGACGGUCAGGAACGCCCUGGUCUGCCCACCGGUGUGAUUUUCAGUUCGAUGCUGCUGGACUGUGAGGAAAUUGUCCAGGAAUGGAACAACUGGAAAACGGUCAACGACGAAUUCCUCAGCGCAUCGACUCUGAUGCAACAGCCCAUGUCCAGCUCCGCGGCAAGCACAUCAGCCGCCGCCGCUCAACAGCCCUCAGGUCCGAUGUGGCGGUCAGACCUGCUGGACCGCCAGGACUCUCAGCCUCCCGGAGCGGUUCAGAAAGCCUAUGCCCACCCCGGCUGGAUUCCUCUGGCCCGCGAUUGGGGUGGCAACCACAUCGCGAUCGAUCUGGCACCCGGUCCCGCCGGCAAAUGGGGCCAGGUGAUUAUCUUUGGCCGUGACUACGAUUGUAAAUACGUGAUUGCUCGGUCGUGGUCUGCGUUCCUGGCUGUUCUGGCCGAUGACCUCUGCAGCGGCAAGGUCAUUGUCGACGAAGAGACGAACGAGCUCAAGCUGAAGGAGUUCAAGACCCAGAACGUUGAGCCUCCGUAUUUUGAAAUCCUGCGCUGGAGAACGGAUCAGAAGUACGGCCGGCGCCCGCCUCGCCGCAAGGGCCCUACUGGACUGGGGGUAAACGCGUCGGUUCAACGCUCGAGCAAGGACUCGCCCUACGGCAGCCCGACCCGGGCCGAGGAGCGUGGCCGAUCGCCGCAUCGGUUCCCCAACCGCGGAUCCACGCAGAGCCCUAAAACGCAAUUCGGCGUAUCCAGUCCCCUCGCCCGCGUGACUGAGGAAACGACAAGUCCUGUUGUCACUGCAGGGCCCACGAUCUCCGAAGACCCGCGAGAGAAUGGCCCAGAGACGCAGACCGAGGAUCUGAUGGAAGUUGCGACUCCGAUCUCCAACAAAGAGAAUGAAGGAUUUUCCGCCAAGGCUUCCGAGCCCACAUCAUCAGAACCGGAGCAGGCAGAGAACGAUGCCACACCGGGGUCGUCGAAUGUGGACUCGGAAGUUCUUGGUGAGAUGAAGAACGUAGCCAUUUAG